UGGCCCCGGGAUUCCAGAGGCUGCCGUGGCAGGAGAUACUGCACAGGGAAGGGAAAGGAAAGGAAGGGGAGCCUGCCGUAAAAGAGACAGCCUAUCCGGCAUCCCCGAAACCUGGCGGGGUGCACCUCUCCUGUUCGAGCAUUAACUUUGAGAUGCCCCAUUUAAUCCCAUAUUUCAAAGGAAACAGCAUUCUUUUUAAUCGUCUUUCGGAUGUCGCAAUGGGGGUGAUGGAAGGCUGGAUUCUGAUAUACCCUGCUAUUCGCAGUGGAACAUCGGUUUUAAUCUGCGUUUCGGUUUGUAACUAUGAAAACACAGAUAUAUAUAUUAAUAUUUUGGUUGGACCCUCAGAUCGUCAACUUUCCUCUACACCUCUGGAAAUUCUAUUGUUCCUCAAUGGCUGGUAUUAUGCCACAUACUUCUUGCUGGAGAUUUUCAUAUUUGUCUAUAAAGGUCUCUUGUUGCCUUAUCCAUCUGCUAAUCUGGCUUUGGACUUGGUUAUGCUUUUUCUCUAUCUUGGAAUUGAAGUCACAAGAAUAUUUUUUGGCUCCAAAGGUAACCUUUGCCAGCGGAAAGUGCCACUUGCUGUCAGUCUGGCACUAACCUUUCCAGCAGCAGUGAUGGCAGCCUAUUAUCUACUUCUGCAGACCUACGCCUUGCGUUUGGAGGCCAUUUUGAAUGCCAUCUUGCUUUUCUUCUAUGCAGUUGAGCUGUUACUGGGCAUUCUAACUUUAGCCUCCUUUUCCAGUUUGGAUUCAUAUUGAGAAUCUCUGUGGAUUGCACUAUGUGAAACACUUUGUGAUUAAGGGAAAUUGCAUGAAACCAUUUCCGUGCUUAGCCCAGAAUGAAGUUGGCAAGCUGGUUUCUUGGAAAAGAUGAAAGAAGAUAUAGUUCCAGUCUUGGUUCAGGCAUGCUGAGGCGCUGUCCUGAGAGUAGAGUUGCCAAUCCUAGACUGGAUGGCCUAAGCACGUCCUCAUCAUCAUCCUCGUAUGUCUCCUAGAGCAUAACAAUUGACCCACUUGGACUUGGAGGCGUUGAAGACUGAUUUUUGCAAGUCUCAAGACUGUGAAUCCGUGAACUUCAACCAGUGCAUAGAUUUUGCCUGCAAGUGCUGUACUCUUCAGAUUCUUCAAAUGGAAACAUUCUGACACUGACUCAAGUCUUUACCAUGUGUAUGAUGACUCUUGUUAGGCUGCCUUUGUCAAUUCUAUUUGUUACAGCCUGUGCCCUGCUCUUAAGAGAGAUGUCCAUUCCCUAGAAAUCAGUAUUGUCAUUGUUGUGUAUUGGCAAUUUGUGAUUGACACUUGAUUUUUUUCUACAAUACCCUUGACAUAAAUACUUAUUUUUCAACUAUUGUAA